GCUGGCCUGCCCUGGGCACUGGUCAGCCUGCUGCCAACAUGCCCAGCCCGCUGGAGAUUGCCAUGGACACCAUGAUUAGAACCUUCCACCAGUACUCUUCUAAGGAAGGGGACCAGUUCAAGCUCAACAAGGGGGAGCUGAAAAUGCUCCUGCAGCGAGAGCUGCCAGAAUUCCUCUUGUGCCAAAAGGAUCCCCAGAUGGUUGAUAAGAUAAUGCAGGACCUGGAUGCCAAUAAGGACAAUGAAGUGGAUUUUAAUGAAUUUGUGGUCAUGGUGGCAGCUCUGACAGUUGCUUCUAAUGAUUAUUUUGUAGAACAAUUGAAGAAAAAAGGAAAGUAG